CUUUUGUUUUAAAAUACCACGAGAUCAACGGGGUCAAUGCCAAGGCCGAAGAGACAACUUAAACGGGCGGCUGCCCGUGAUACUCAAGACCCAGGACAAGUACGCAGGCCAGGCCGGCGCAGGGCUCAACGCCAACAGACCAACAAUAACGAACAAGAUGUCCAGGCUCAACUGGCACCCCCUCAGCCCCAGGCAGUCCAACUACCCCAGGCAGCCCCACAGCAUCAGGCGGCACUGUUACAACAGGCAGCCCCACCACAGCAAGCCCAGGAUCAGGCGGGUCAACCAUCAUAACCUUUGUGAUACCUUCAGUUCCGGUGUGACACCCACGUAAUCUUUGUGAUACCUGCAGCUCUGAACAAAAAAUCGUCGCAGUGACACUCGUUCUAUUCCUGACAUUGUCGUUGAUUUAUGGCGCUAUCGUCGCACCCCAACUCCAAUGGAAGAGUGCAAUCAUUCAAACUAUCAUAGGAUACAGCUUUUUACUGUCAAUAUAAUGUGUUUAUAAUGCUGUUAAUGUGUUUAACAUGCUGUGUAUUCAUGCUUGUGCAUUCGCCCACAUACUUGCUGCACAAGAACUUUGACAAUUUUAAUGUGUUUUGAACUUUUGCGUUUACCCAUUCGCACAAACCUUGUGUAUAACUUUGUCAUUUGUAUGUCUGUGCAUUUGCACUUACCCACUGUACAGAAUAUUAUAUUUUGUGACGUUUGUGCAUUUGCGCUCACCCACUGCGCAAUGAGCCUAUUGAUGGGCCGUCACGUAUUGUUGUAUUGUUUGAAUUGUUGUGAGGCAGCCCAUUGGUAGCCUAAAGUCACUGCGGCCAGUAACGCCAAACCAUAAUAAAGUAUUUAGUCCUAAUCAA